AUGGCCUCCAUUGAAGCCGUCUUGGUUGCUGGCUUUGUGCACUUGUUUCUACGCUUCGCACUCUACAUAGACCCCAGGAUAAAGUUGGUGACUCCGGGACCAGAGAUGCCCACGUAUAUAGCCUAUGUGGCGCUGUUGGCGCUGAUCUAUGACAAUCGUAUUCUGCCCAGACAAUUCAAUUACAUGUCGCCGAUCUUCAAAUGCAUUUGCGAGACGGCUAUGGCCAUAUUCUUGCUGGAAAUAAGCGUGCUGGUAUUCUGGAGAUCCAUAGAGCAUUUUAUUUAUUUAAGUGUCAAAUCCGUGCUGUUGUACUUGAAGAUUGUUUCGCUGGAGACCUAUGCCAAUCACGAGACGCUGAUGAUUGGCGCCUUCACCUUGCCCUUGGCCACGGUGCUGCUUUUCACCAACAUAAAAUGGUGUAGAACAUUUCAAUCGAAUUUUUUUUGA